GGUUGGCUCUGGUGCUGCUGUCGAGUUGGGAGGUGACGGCGCUGUCUCGCUGCUUGUCGGACAGAGGGGAACUUCACGGCGGCUACGGGUGUGGCUUCAAACGUAAUAUUUUCCCACUUAAACAGCAGUCCUGAAGCGCGCACUAGGAACCAUGGGUUGUACGGUUAGUCAGGAAGAUAAAGCCGCGGCCGAGAGGUCUAAAAUGAUUGACAAAAACCUGAGAGAAGAUGGAGAGAAGGCGGCCAGAGAAGUGAAACUGCUGCUGCUGGGUGCUGGAGAGUCGGGGAAGAGCACCAUUGUGAAGCAGAUGAAGAUUAUCCAUGAGGAUGGAUACUCAGAAGAUGAGUGUAAGCAGUACAGAGCAGUUGUCUACAGCAACACAAUCCAGUCCAUUAUGGCCAUCAUCAAAGCUAUGGCCAACCUUAAGAUCGACUAUGAGGAAGCUACAAGAGCGGAUGAUGCCCGCCAACUGUUUGCCCUGUCGGCAGCAGCAGAGGAGCAGGGCAUCCUGCCAGAAGAACUGUCCAACGUCAUCCAACGACUGUGGGCCGACGGUGGAGUCCAGGGCUGCUUUACACGGGCUCGGGAGUACCAGCUCAAUGACUCUGCGGCCUACUACCUGAACGACCUGGAGAGGAUAGCCAAGCCAGAUUACAUCCCCACACAGCAAGAUGUGCUGCGGACCCGAGUGAAGACCACCGGCAUCGUGGAAACACAUUUCACCUUCAAGGACCUGCACUUCAAGAUGUUUGACGUCGGAGGCCAGCGGUCAGAGAGGAAGAAGUGGAUCCACUGCUUCGAGGGAGUCACGGCUAUCAUCUUCUGUGUGGCCAUGAGCGCUUACGACCUGGUCCUGGCUGAGGAUGAGGAGAUGAACCGGAUGCACGAGAGCAUGAAGCUCUUCGACUCCAUCUGCAACAACAAGUGGUUCACAGAGACGUCCAUCAUCCUGUUCCUCAACAAGAAGGACCUGUUUGAGGAGAAGAUCGCCCACAGCCCUCUGACCAUCUGCUUCCCAGAGUACACUGGCCCCAACAAGUAUGAGGAGGCUCAGGCUUUCAUCCAGACCAAAUUUGAGGAUCUGAACAAGAAGAAGGACACCAAGGAGAUCUACACCCACUUCACGUGCGCCACCGACACCAAGAACGUGCAGUUUGUGUUCGACGCCGUCACCGACGUCAUCAUCAAGAACAACCUGAAGGACUGUGGCCUCUUCUAAUAACCUGUCUGAGGAAGAGUCAAGAUUACUUGAACAGUUCGGUGACCAUACAGAUAUAGGGGAAUAUACACACAUCAUGAAUGACUGCACUGGCCAACCACAAUUUCUGCUUUGAUCUGCUUUUUAUAAAGACACCUAAGAGACUGAAAACCCGACGAGCCUUGUGGAAUUUCAACGAUUGCUGAUCCAGUCACUCGUAUUGUUAACUCUUUGGGCUAUGACCACAAAAAAAAUCAACAUUUAUUAUUGUAUUUUUGUUCUUUCUUCUUUAUUUUCAAUUUACUAGAGGAGUCAAAGGAGAACUUUUUUAUAUAAAUGCAUUCAUCUUACUUUUAGAAAUUCUGAUGUGCAAAUUAUUAAACUUUUAAUCACAUGAAGCUUAUUUUUUAAGAGUUGAAGCACAGGCAUGGACAUAAAAUAUGGUUGAUAAAGGAAAGUGCUUUUUUUUUUUCUUUAAUUUAAUGUUUACAUAAGUUCAUCAUUCAUAGCCAAACCGUAUAUUGUUCUGCAUGAGUCAACAAGGCAAAUAUUAGCUCUGUAAUCUGCACAAAUUAUCUAACAUUCCUACAAAAUGAUCAUAAAAAAAGAAUAAAACGUUGAAAAGAGAGGGAAAAAAAAAAGCUUCACAUGCAGGGGGAAAUUAUGGCGAAAUUCUAACUGAUAUUUAAAGUUUGUGUGUACCUAACAUUCUCUCACUUUUUAUAGUACCAUUUCCAUGUCUGUUGCAGUAUGUUUGUGCCUUGACUUCUGUUUACGACCAAUUCCUAGAUAUGCUUUUAGUACUGUUUGACCUACUGUGCGCCUAUAUUUUUCUUCCAUUUUUCUGCCUAGCACCUAUGAAUAUAUAGUGAUUAUUAAUGAGAGACGAAAAUCUAAUUCAGAAAAAAAAAGGUUAGUGUUUUUGGUAAAUAUUAAAAUGCUUUGAAAGUCCUUUAUGAUUUAAUUUAAAUAAAAGUAGAGAUCACCUGA